AAUAGUUUAGCCCAAACGGCUAAUCAGUUAUUGUUGGUUUGAAUAUGUUGAUGAUAUUCAUUUAACAGUAAUGUAAUAAAUAGUUCAGUAAGCAAUUACAUUUAUAAAUCAAUUAGUUACCUUUCAUUCGCAUGCAAAAUGUCUAUUCCUGAAAAUUUACGACGAUCUUCUAGAAUAAAAGCUCGCAUUGAAGAAGGAAAAUGUAUGAAAUAUGUGUCAUUAAAUAAUGAAGAUGAGAAUUACAUGUCAGAUCUAACAAGUAAACUGAGAAAUGAACUUGAAAAUGUUGAAGAAAUUGUACAGAAACCAGUUGAAUUGUUUUCAAACGACGAUGUAAGUGGUAAGGCAUUAUAUGGAUUUCAAACACCUAGUAAAAAAAAUGCUAUGACACAUAAAGCAAAUCUAUGUUCUACACCUGAUAGUUCAAAGGAAGAGAAGCUUGAACCAAGAAUUAUUCUUGAGAAAUUGGAUUUAGUUGGCAACAUACCAUCGACAAUAAAUUCUAAAAAAUUUGGUGCAAAACUUCCUGUUAAUCGAAGAUCUCCUUCUGGAUUAUCCUCAAGUGAAAGUGAAAGUGUAUCAGAUUCUACUGAUUAUGUACCAUCCGAUGAUGAUAAUGAAAAUGUAUCAAGCCAAAGUGAAAAUACUGAAUCAAGUAAUGAUGAAACAGAUGAAAUUAAAACAAAAAUUCAGAAACACAAAUUUAUGUUGCAAUCAAACUUGUUGAGUACACCAAAAAGAGAUACUAGGAGAAACAAACCUAUGGUUAUUCAUAAAGAUUUUCACUUAAAAACUGAAGAAUAUUUUGCAAAACAAUCAGAAAAGGUAACCACAUCCGAUCGAACAUUAGAACAUUUACGUAACUCGCAUUUAACAAAAGAAAAAUUAGAAGAAUUAUUAGCAGAUGAAAAUUAUGUAUCUGUACAACAUAAGAAACAUAUUUGUUCUUUGACAGAAAACUAUACCUUGUUAUUUCCUAUGUGGUACUUUAUUAUGGAGCAGGGUUAUACUGUGCUGCUUUAUGGUUUAGGAUCAAAAAGGUGCCUAAUUAAUGAUUUUCACAGAAGUGUAUCUCAUCAUCCAUCAUUGGUUGUGAAUGGAUUCUUCCCUAGCCUGACAAUAAAGGAUAUACUAAAUGGUAUAAUCGUUGAGUUACUGGAAUUAAAUUGCCCUAGCAACACGAACGAAUGUACAGAUCUUAUAGAAAACGUGUUAAAGAAAAAUCCAAUGGAUAAACUUUUUUUGCUAAUACAUAAUUUAGAUGGUAUAAUGUUACGUUCAAAUAAAGCUCAGGAUAUACUGUCUUGUCUUACAAGCAUACCAAACCUUUGUGUUUUAGCGUCGAUUGAUCAUAUCAAUGCACCAUUAUUAUGGGAUCAUAAAAAACGAUCAAAAUUUAAUUUCUUUUGGUGGGAUACAACAACAUUUUUGCCUUAUAAAGAAGAAACGUCUUACGAAGGUUCACUUUUGGUAAAACAAAGUGGAGCUCUUGCUUUAUCAUCUCUCCAUAAUGUUUUCCUUUCAUUAACUUCCAAUGCCAAAUCAAUAUACAUACUACUUGCCAAGUAUCAACUCAGCAAUAAUACUAACGCUAAUUUUACUGGAAUGGCAUUUAAAGAUCUUUAUCGAGCUGCUCGUGAAGGAUUCCUCGUAAGCUCAGAUUUAGCAUUAAGAGCACAGUUGACUGAAUUUAUAGAUCACAAAUUAGUAAAGAUGAUCCACAAGUACAGUUCCUAUGGCAUAGUGGUAGUUGCUCUGGUACUCAUGUUUCGACUUGCGGUGAGCGACUGUGCGCCUCAAACGUCGCGGGUCAGCUCAAACUUGCACAGCAGCAGUAGUAUGGCAGUAAGCCGUGUACCAAGCCCUCCACCGCCGGAAGUGAACACCCCUGUGGCAGAGAAUUGGUGUUACACGCAGGUCUUAUGUGCACAGGUGAAGGUGGUUAAGUUCAGCUACAUGUGGACGAUAAAUAACUUCAGCUUUUGCCGUGAGGAGAUGGGAGAAGUGCUGAAGUCGUCCACGUUCUCAGCUGGGGCCAACGAUAAAUUAAAAUGGUGCCUAAGAGUGAAUCCUAAGGGUCUGGAUGAGGAGAGCAAAGACUACCUGUCUCUAUAUCUCCUUCUCGUAUCGUGCAACAAAUCCGAAGUCAGAGCAAAGUUCAAAUUUUCUAUUCUUAAUGCCAAAAGAGAAGAAACCAAAGCAAUGGAGAGCCAACGUGCUUACAGGUUCGUCCAGGGUAAAGAUUGGGGAUUUAAGAAGUUUAUUAGGAGAGAUUUCCUGUUGGACGAAGCGAACGGACUGUUGCCCGACGAUAAACUCACGAUAUUCUGUGAGGUAUAUACCUUUGUCAGCGUGGUGGCGGAUAGCGUGAACAUUUCCGGUCAAAGUAAUACUAUACAAUUUAAGGUGCCAGAGUGUCGGUUGCCGGACGAUCUGGGCCUACUUUUUGAAAACCAAAAAUUCAGUGAUGUCACGUUAACCGUGUGUGGGAGGGAAUUUCAGGCGCACAAGGCCAUACUUGCAGCACGAAGUCCCGUUUUCUCGGCGAUGUUCGAGCACGAGAUGGAAGAAAGGAAGCAGAAUCGGGUGGACAUUACCGACGUAGAUCACGAGGUGUUACGAGAAAUGUUGCGAUUCAUAUACACGGGAAAGGCAGCGAAUUUGGAGAAGAUGGCAGACGAUUUGUUAGCCGCGGCGGAUAAAUACGCGUUGGAAAGGUUGAAAGUGAUGUGCGAGGAAGCGCUUUGCACGAGUUUAGCCAUCGAGAACGCGGCGGACAUCCUUAUUCUUGCUGAUCUCCAUAGCGCUGAUCAGCUAAAGGCACAAGCCAUUGACUUUAUCAACACACACGCGACAGACGUGAUGGACACAGCGGGUUUCAAGUCGAUGGUAAACUCUCAUCCGCAUCUGAUAGCAGAAGCGUUUCGCGCGUUGGCCACUCAACAAAUUCCACCGAUCGGACCGCCCAGGAAGCGAGUGAAACAGAGCUGAAAACAAUCACCGUUGACACCGGGCACGACCUCCACAUCGCCCCCGCCUAUUUUGCAUCCCUCAUGACUUUUUUGUGUACAGUGAUACGACGAGUAGUGCUAAAUAAAUGUUUCCUAGUGCGCCAUCCUCUGGUCCACUUUGAAAAAGGAACCGCGACGGACGAUUGUCGCCGUGAUUCUAUCCGACCGAUAUUUAAUCGUUCGUUAGAUAAAAACAACAACAGCUACAAAAUAAACACAGGCGGUCGCUCUCUCUUUGGCCAGUUCGAGGCAAGAUACACAGUAAAAAAGAUCCAUGGCUAACAUAGACUCUGUUUAUAUUAUAAUUCAGUGAAAUCGUCGACGUUGAAAAGGGAACUAUCACAGAACACACAGAUGGAGAAUGGGAACGUGUGCCACGCUGCUUCAAUCGCGUAUACACACGACGAGAGGAAUCUCAGGAUACACAAACAGACACAAUGAUGCACGAAGGAAGUUGUGAUAGACGUCGAUCCAAGACGAUUAAAACAAAAAAAAAAGAAAAAAAAAGAUUUUGUUCCUUUAUCAAGAAAAAAAUUGUACGGAUCAAACGAGAAUUUUUGUCCCACGCUUGUUGGUUCGUUCGUUGUGGCGCCACGAGCAAGGAAAAGAAAAACAUUAGAUACUAUGUUUAUUAAAGAUAGUGAUUUUUAGUUUAAAGAGAAGAAAAAGAACGUCGAAUUCUUCCAAGGACGGAGAAAAAUGAUUCUAGUUAGUGUUUUUUAUGAUCUCUUUCUCUCAACAUGUACGACUACUACUAUGAUUAUUAUUAAUGCUACACAAUCUGUGCCCCGUAUUUUUGUAUAUUUUUUGUCUGCAGACACCGACCUACGUCCUCUCUUUAUGCGGCCUUUUCUCCUCGUCCAUCCCUCAUUUCCUACCCCCUAAUCCUUAGGCACAGUUUGUUUUGUUUUCUCGAGUAUUGCAUAGUAGAUGCAGUGAUAGAUUCGAAUUAUUAUUAUUAUUAUUAUUAUUAUUCUAUUAUUAUUGUAUUAUUAUUAUUAUAUUAUUAUUAUUAUUAUUAUUAUUAUUAUUAUUCUAUUAUUGUAUUAAAUUUAGGGUUGUCCAUAAUUUAUCGAAUUUUAUGUUGAUUAUUAUUGAAAUGUCUAUCAAUAUUUGUGCGCAGGAUACAUGUGUAUUAAUUAGACGUGUUAUCAAGCAUCGCGUUGCAAAAGAAAAAUAAAUCGAUGACACACGUGUUAUUAGAAGGGAAAAAUGAUAAAAAAAAGUAAAACUGGUGGACACACGAAGUAUAAGAAAAGCAAAAAAAGAUGACAAACUUAACAAGAAAUUGUAUAAAAUAAAAAGUUAGUCAAUUAUAUAGUACGAAGAUAUUAAUCGUUUUUUGUGUAAUGAACUAUUGAAUUGCGAAAUUGUGCGUGGUCAAUGAUCUGAAUUAUGGGCAACCAAAACCGAAGUAAAGAAUAAUCAUCAUUUAGUACCGUACUGGCUUCCUGAUCCUCCGAUCUAGCUUUACCGAAUGUUUUAAAUGUGAGAUAUAAUAUCUAACCAUUACAUGGAGUAAUGAUAUUGAAGAUUUAAUGCCAUACAUGUUCUGUGAUAAGACCACUUGUAAUUACCGCAAUUGUGUAUCACAACCUUUCUAGAAUUUCUGACGAUCCUGGCAGCCAGUGAAUGUAUAUCUAUUAAGGAAACGGUCGCUAUAUCCGGACAGUCCCAAAUCUAGCGUCCCUUUCGACUUUAAGGUUUUUACUGUACAUAUCUACUGUGUAUUUUAUAAGAACUGAACCGAACGGAACCAUACUUUUAAAAUGAAGGGUACAAUAACCGACUAUAUAAUUUAUUCUAUUUUACAGACUGUGCUAAACUCAUGUUCCUUGAAACACAAAACACUAGCAAUGCUUUAAGUAAAUGUAAUUGUAAUUACGACAAAUUAAUACGAGAUUAGAUUGUAAUAACGUGUCUCUUUUGAUCACGGCAUGUAACUACGCGUUUCGUUUGUCACCACAACGAUUAACGCGUUUCUCUGUCGCGAUCAGAAAGAAUGAUAUAUAAUAUCUCCUAUGGAAACAUAGUUAGGAAAGGUUUUUCCACCGUUUUUUACACGAUGUUUAAUUUCAGUCGUAGAUCGUUAGGGCUUACAACAAAAAAGAAGAAAGAAAAACGACGAAGCAAGGAGGAAAAAUUAACGACGAAAUAAUUAUUGUAAGCGGUUUAAGGAACUGAUUUUGGCCGUGAUCGCUCAGAUUUUAAAGAAGAAAUUUAAAAGUGAAAAAAUGUCUACGUCCAUUCUUAUACUACCCAUGUUCUAUCUUUGGGACUGUGCGGCAAAAUAUCUCAUGAAACUCGAAACGUUGAAUGUCUCUUUUUUCCUAAAACGAAAACUAAUAUUAAUCCGUACAACGGUUCGAACAGAAAGAAAUGAAACACACAGACAUUAGAUACAAUUCUUUGAACCAAUCUGCAUGAGCGUAUGACUGGAUAAUUUGAUAAACUAAGUACAAGUAAGACAAGUGUUACCUCAUCAUGAAAAUCAGCAUGUUCGUGUCGCGCUAGCUACUACUGCGCUGCUGUCUGAUACACUUCCGUUGUAUAUUGCAUUUAAACCUGAGAAACAAAAAAAAAAAAAAAGAAAAGAAAAGGAAAGAAAAGCUUUUUUGUAACUGAAUAGUUCAGCAGUGGUAGCUCUUCGAAGUACAUGACUGCUGUUCAUCGAACCCAGCUCAUACAAACGUUCAUUUUUCCAUUUACUUUAAGUCAUUGCACCACAUCAAAUAAAUGACAUUUUCAUUAUAUAAUCAUGAGAA